AUGUCAAACCAAACACCUGAAUCCUGGGAGGAUGAGCUUUCCCGACAGGCUGAGGGCGUCAACCUGAACGCACAAUCUCGCCCCCAGCCCCAGGCACCCUCAUUCCAACCUGGCGCCGCCUCUUUCACGCCUGGAGCCUCUUCCUUCGUUCCCGGACAGCCGUACCAACAGUAUGCUGGCUAUCCCCAGCAGGGAUACCCUCAGUAUGGCCAACAACAGGCCUAUGGUGGAUACCAGCAAGCCUACGGCCAAUACAAUGCCUAUGCCCAGCAGCCUGGUGGCUUCGGCCAGUACAACAAUGGACCACAGCAAUACGGUGGCUACAACCAGCAACCUCGUCAGAAUGCGCCUGUGGCGGCACAACAGCAACCCCGGGCUGCAGCACCGGCUCAGUCCGCUCCCAAGCCCGCAUCGAAUGCCGCCCCGCCCAAGACUAAGGUUCUGUCUAUCGGCGCCACCUCCUCCGGUGCUGCCCCCAAGACCAAGGUCCUUUCGAUCGGCACUCCUACCCCGGCAGCCAAGCCUGCUGACAAGCCUGCUGACACCACCCCCAAGGAGGCCAAUGGUGAUACCAAGGGCACCGCGGCUGCUGAGGCAGGCUCAAAGGUGGCGGCCACCAAGGGCCUCGACAAGACCGACAAGGCCGCUGCUACUGGCAAGUCUUCUCCCACGCCAUCUUCUGGUCGCUCUAGCCCCGGACGUUCCAGCCCAGCCCGCGGCGAGGCAGCCAAGCAAGCUCGCGAGGCCAAUGCCGUCGCAAAGUCACAACAGGCUGAUGUUGAUGAGGCAACCCUGAAGGAAAUUUACGUCCACCUGGGAGGUUCCCUCCUGCAUGCCACCGGCAUGGUCGAUGAGCGUACACUGGAAAAAUACAAGAAGGAGGCCAAGGACGCUGGUCGAGAGACCUGGUACCUCUCGUGGGCUCUUGAUCUGACCCAGGAGGAACGUUCCAAGGGUAAGACAGUUGAGGGUGAUAUCGAGCGUCAGUUCUCCAUCUUGGACGCGCCUGGUCACAAGUCCUAUGUUCCUCAUAUGAUUGGUGGUGCAUCUCAGGCCGAUCUCGGUUGUUUGGUUAUCUCUGCUCGUAAGGGUGAGUACGAGACUGGAUUCGAGAAAGGUGGCCAGACUCGCGAGCACGCACUUCUUGCGCGCAACACUGGAGUUAGCAAGUUGGUGCUUGUUGUUAACAAGAUGGACGACCCCACUGUCGAAUGGAGCAAGGCCCGUUUCGAUGAAUGUACCAUCAAGGUCACCAAGUUCCUGGAAGCUCUGGGCUACAAGAAGUCGGACAUCUUCUGCAUGCCUAUCUCUGCCCAGCGCACUAUCGGUAUCAAGGACCGAAUUCCCAAAGAUGUGUGCGAUUGGUACGACGGUCCGUCGCUGCUUGAGUACCUGACUGCGUUCGAGCUCCCUGAGCGUAAGGUCAACGCGCCGUUCAUGAUGCCAAUCAGCGCCAAGUACCGUGACAUGGGUACCAUGGCAGAGGGUCGCAUUGAGUCCGGUAUCAUUAAGAAGAACGGUACUUACCUCAUGAUGCCUAACCGCGAGGAGGUUCAGAUCUCAGCGAUGUACGGUGAAACAGAAGAAGAGAUUCCGACUGCCAAGGUUGGUGAUCAGAUUCGUCUGCGUCUCCGUGGUAUCGAAGAAGAGGAUUUCUUCCCCGGUUUCGUGCUCUGCUCACCUAAGCGCCCCGUUCACUGCGUGUCUGCUUUCGAGGCUAAGAUUCGUAUCUUGGAUCUGAAGAGCAUUCUGACCGCCGGUUUCAACUGUGUCCUGCACGUUCACUCCGCUGUUGAGGAGGUUACCUUCGCCUCCCUUCUUCACAAGCUCGAGCCCGGCACCGGCCGCAAGAGCAAGCGCCCUCCCCAGUUCGCCAGCAAGGGCCAGACCAUUAUUGCCCGUCUCGAGGUUACCAGCACCGCUGGUGCGGUUUGUGUCGAGACGUACGAUGAAUACAACCAAUUAGGUCGUUUCACCCUGCGUGACCAGGGUCAAACCAUUGCUAUUGGUAUGAUCACCAAGCUCAUCACUUCCGAGACCGAGGCCCAGUAAAGUGCUUUUGCCACCGAGGAUACCUGAAUGUCCAUAUUCUCAAAAGUACA